UUAUAAUUUGAUUGCAUGCAUGUAAUAAUUUUGAUUUUGUAUUAUGAUUCCAAAAUAAUUCUCUGUAUUAUUAAAAUAAGCUCAGUUAUAAAAGAAGUCGCUAAACUAAGGAGGGACUGUGUAGUCCGCGUGGGCUUGCGAGUUGCGUCAGCGUGCGUAGUGGGGGUGUAGUGGGGAGGCUGCCUUAGUAGCAAAUCAAAGCCCGGUCGUGCAGUUGUGCUCGAGACGUCGCGCUGAACGUAGCUCGCAAUUCUACGUACUCCGUCACAUUAAGAGCAGAACCAUCUAUUAUGACUUAGGUUCAAAUCAAAUGGACGUAACGGUGCAGCGUACGAGUAGCGGAGUAUGAGAGAGAUUAUGCAUGGUCACAUGAUCUAAGCAUGUCGACAGCGAUUCUCUUAGGGGCCGGCGUGCUGGCACUCGUCACGAGAACAGGGUGCACAGACAACGCGAAUGGCCUCGGCACAGACGGAGUCCCAGAGCUGGACUACACAGACAUGGAUUUGGGACUGGCCCACCGGGGGCCUCAUUUCGACCUGGCGUAUUCCAAAAAUGUGACGGCCUUGGUCGGGAAGACGGCGCAGCUCAACUGUAGAGUGCAUGACUUGGGGAAUAGAACAGUAUCAUGGAUACGGCAUAGAGACAUACACCUGCUUACUUCAGGGAGGAUGACUUACACCUCCGACCAGAGGUUCAUCAGCGUCCACAACCCUCACACGGAGGACUGGAUUCUAAAAAUCCGGUUCCCGCAGCGACGGGACUCCGGUAUCUACGAGUGCCAGGUCGGGACCACGCCACCUAUCGGCCACAAGAUGCACCUGUCAGUCGUCGCAGAACCCCUGACGACGAUCCUGGGCGGUCCAGAGCUGUUCAUCAACACGGGGAGCACCAUCAACCUCACGUGUGUGGUGCAACACUCCCCAGAGCCGCCCCCGACUAUACGGUGGACUCAUAAUGAUGAGGAAAUCAACUACGACUCGCCCCGCGGGGGAGUUUCAGUCAUCACGGAGAAGGGGGAGACGACCACGUCCCAUCUACUGGUGCAGAAGGCCAAGUCACCAGACUCUGGGCGGUACACCUGCGCUCCAGCCAACGCGAACCCUCGCUCGGUGCAGGUCCACGUUUUGAGUGGUGAGCAUCCAGCAGCGAUGCAGCAUGGCGGCCAGCUCCGUCUCCAAUAUCCUCUCUCAGCCGCUCUACUGAGCGUCAUCGUAGCCCUAAUGGGGUGCUAGUAUAUCAGAACGUGAUCUAUAUUUUAUAUUACCCUAGACACUAGUAGCUUGUGAACUUAUAAUAGAGUAAGACGGCAAACAUUGAUCCAUUGGGGUCUAAUCAGGCAAGCUGUAAACAAAAAGGAGACGUAUUUUUAAAGCAUUAAAAUUCCAACCCAACAAAACGCCGCGUAGGUCGUCCACAAGGACAGGUGACCUCAUAAAGGUAGCAGGCAGGCGCUGGAUGCAGGCCGCUACCAACCGGCUGAUCUGGCAAUCAUUGGGGGAGGCCUAUGUUCAGCAAUGGACGUCCUAUGGCUGCACACAUUAAACAUAGGCCGUUCAGCAAUGAAUUUCCUGUGGCUGAAUCCAGUCCAGAACGAAUACAACUGCACUUAUCGUAUAAACUUUCGUAUUUGUGUGAUUUUGUUUGCGAAUUUGCAUUCUAAUUCCUUGUAAAUACGUCUGAAGCUAGAAUAAACAUGCAAACAGCGUGCCGACACACGAAUCGAGAAUCUAUGUUUACGAUAGCUUUCCGCAGUAAGUAAACGUAACAAAAAGUCAACAGGUCUUAUUUUUAGUUUGGGAAAA